AUGGGGCACCGGAUUCACUUUGUGGUUGACCCUCAGGGUUGGUGCUGCAUGGGCCUAAUUAUCUUUGUCUGGCUGUACAAUACAAUCUUCAUCCCAAAGGUCAUCCUUUUUCCUCAUUAUGAAGAGGGAAAUAUUUCAGUUGUAGCAGUUUUGUGUUAUUACUUCUGCUCAUUGUUUUGUAUAGCUUCGUUAUUUAGAGCCUCAGUAGCAGAUCCAGGAAAACUACCUGAAAAUCCAGAGAUACCAAUUACAGAAAGAGAACAUUGGGAGUUAUGUAACAAGUGCAAUGUGAUGAGACCAAAGCGUUCACACCAUUGCAGUCGCUGUGGACAUUGUGUGAGGAGGAUGGAUCACCACUGUCCAUGGAUUAAUAAUUGUGUUGGUGAAGACAAUCACUGGCUGUUUUUACAGCUGUGUUUCUACACCCAGAUCCUUAGUUCCUAUACGCUGAUACUUGACUUCUGCCAUUACUACUACUUUUUGCCUCUGAAAAAAGAAAACUGGGAUGUGUUUGUAUUUAGACAUGAACUUGCUCUCCUAAGAAUAUCUGCCUUCAUGGGUCUAAUAAUAUUAGGUGGAAUAAGUCGACUCUUUUACACUCAGCUAAUGGGUAUUUUCACUGACACUACAAGUAUAGAAAAAAUGUCUAACUGUUGUGAAGACAUAUCGAGGCCCCAGAAGCCAUGGCAGCAGACCUUCUCAGAAGUUUUUGGCACUCACUGGAAGAUCCUGUGGUUUAUUCCUUUCAGGCAGCGGCAACCACUGCGAGUUCCCUACCACUUUGCCAAUCAUGCCUAAACAGAUGGAUGGUGGGCAUAUAUGGGUCCUCCAUGCUGGAAGUGCAUUACAGGUUUUAUGAUAAUAGGACUGUGACAGUCUUCAAGUCAAUUAAAAUCCAGUCAUAGGCAUCACUGUGUGCCCUGGGCAUUAUUUUAGUUAUGGUCUUGAUUUUAUUCUGAAAUUAAGGCAAGUUAAACAAUCCACUUCCGGCUUGUUUUCUUCCAAACUAGCUUUCCAAAGAGAUUCCUUUUGUCUUCGAGGUUAAUACCAAAAGCAAACAACUGGAAUGUAGUCUUCAUCCAGUUUGA